AUGAUAGGAACUAUAUUUUCAGUUUUAUUUACAAUCCUAAAACUAUGUUUUGCUACUUCCCCUAUAAUAUGCAUUGUGUUAAUAUUUUUGCUUAAUAAAAAUAAUGUUCCAGAGGAUCAAAAAAAAAAAACUGAUUUUUAUUUUGAAGUAGAUUAA